AUGCCCCCUCCAUCUCUUUCUUGGGGACAAUUUCCUCCCCAGUGGAAACCGCCCGCAGACCCUGAGAAGCCGCCUUGCCCGUACCAGCCCGACCUCACGCUAGAAUUAUUGAGCCACACGGCGCCGGAGCCCUUUGGGCACAACCUCUACGGCCCAAGCCCAAGUCCACGAGUGCGCGUACCCGACGCCAACUUGAAACAAGUAACCCAGACAAGGCUCGUUGUGGAAAACCCUCCGGUUGAGGCUGCGACCGUAACCUCAUCAGUAGAACCCCGAUCCGCCCGGCUCACCAUCACCGGCAACAUCGCCGUCGCCGACGCUCGCGGUGCACAGGUCGUCGCCUGCUCGGUUGAACUACCGGCGGCCAAGACCCCCGGCGCCAAAACCACCACCUUCACAGCCGUGGCCAAGAUCUACGACGCACUAUACUACUCAUUUGCGAACAAGGACUUCCCUGACAAACCCGACGACCCAACCUGGGAAGCGGACAUGGAUUAUAGUCGUGAGCUCGGGGGCUUUGCCCCGCGUUAUUAUGGCUCAUGGACCUUCUCCCUCCCCAUUCGGCACAAUGGGAAGGUCGUCACACGGCAAGUCCGCCUGAUACUCAUGGAGAAGCUUCCUGGGGCAUCUAUGAGGGACCUUUACCAGACCAGUACAUCCACUCCGGACGUGGAGCCUAAUGCCCAUCACAUGAAUGAGAAAUGGCGCCUAGAGGUGCUAGCAAGGUUCCUGGAGGGCGAGGUCAUACAAAACCAUAUCGGUGUCGACCAGAGGGACCUGGCGGCCCGCAAUAUCUUUCUUGUUCCGCCACAGGGACAGACGGCUCUGAAUCCAGAUGGGCCCGCACCGCGCGUCGUGCUGAUAGACUACAACACAUCAAUCGUGUGGCAGAAAACAACGAUGGGAUUUCUGCCUCACCACUAUCCGAAGGCGGAGCUUCCCCUGAACCCAAUGGAGAGGUACUGGCACGAAUCACUGCCAGAGCUCUGGGGCUGGUGGCCGAAAGAGUGGAACGCCAGGCCGAAGCUGCGUCAGCAGUGGCUGGUGAAAUGUUUCGGGGGGAGUAAUUCGGCUCAGUUUGCGCCCAUCGAAAAGAAACUGAGCUUCACAGAGUAG